GAGCUGCAGGACAGGCUGGGAAAUGCAGUCUUUAUUCUGGCAUGCACUUAGCUGUUACUGGGAAGAAGGGGAAAGUGGAUAUUGGAUCACAACCUCCAGUACCUGCCAUAAUCAUCCAGGUUGCCAUCACGAAAGCCAAAGUGGAUUUCUCCAGUGUAGUGUGCCUGCCCCCUUCCGUCAUUGCUGUGAAUGGGCUGGACGGAGGAGGGGCUGGCGAAAAUGAUGAUGAACCAGUGCUGGUGUCCCUGUCUGCGGCCCCCAGCCCCCAGAGCGAAGCUGUUGCCAAUGAACUGCAGGAGCUCUCCUUGCAGCCCGAGCUGACCCUAGGCCUCCACCCUGGCAGGAAUCCCAAUUUGCCUCCACUUAGUGAGCGGAAGAAUGUGCUGCAGUUGAAGCUCCAGCAGCGCCGGACGCGAGAAGAGCUGGUGAGCCAAGGGAUCAUGCCGCCUUUGAAAAGUCCAGCUGCGUUUCAUGAACAGAGAAGGAGCUUGGAGCGGGCCAGGACAGAGGACUAUCUGAAACGGAAGAUUCGUUCCCGGCCGGAGAGAUCGGAGCUGGUCAGGAUGCAUAUUUUGGAAGAGACCUCGGCCGAGCCUUCCCUCCAGGCCAAGCAGCUGAAGCUGAAGAGAGCCAGACUGGCCGAUGACCUCAACGAGAAGAUUGCACAGAGGCCGGGCCCCAUGGAGCUGGUUGAGAAGAACAUUCUGCCUGUUGAGUCCAGCUUGAAAGAAGCCAUCAUUGUGGGCCAGGUGAAUUACCCAAAAGUAGCUGACAGCUCUUCCUUCGAUGAGGACAGCAGUGACGCCUUAUCCCCUGAGCAGCCUGCCAGCCAUGAAUCCCAGGGCUCGGUGCCGUCACCCUUGGAAGCCCGAGUCAGUGAGCCACUGCCUAGUGCCACCUCUGUAUCCCCCACUCAGGUUGUGUCUCAACUCCCAUUGGGCCCGGAUUCCGGAGAAACACUUUUCCUGGCCGAGCAGCCUCCUCUGCCUCCCAGCCUCACCAACGGAACCACAGCUCCAGUGGCCAAGCCCACCCCGACGCUCAUUAAGCAAAGCCAACCCAAGUCUGCCAGUGAGAAGUCACAGCGCAGUAAGAAAGCCAAGGAGCUGAAGCCAAAGGUGAAGAAGCUCAAGUAUCACCAGUACAUCCCCCCGGACCAGAAGCAGGACAAGGGGGCACCUCCCAUGGACUCCUCCUAUGCCAAGAUCCUGCAGCAGCAGCAGCUCUUCCUCCAGCUCCAGAUCCUCAACCAGCAGCAGCAGCAGCACUAUAACUACCAGACCAUCCUGCCUGCCCCGCCGAAGCCCGCAGGUGAGGCCCCGGGAAGUGGUGGGGCCCCCCCGACACGCAGCCUCUCCACUACCAGUAGUGGCUCCAGCUCCGGUGCUCCUGGGCCCAGUGGGCUGGUGCGUCAGAACAGCACCCCUCUGACUGGCAAGCCAGGAGCCCUGCCUGCCAACCUGGAUGACAUGAAGGUGGCAGAGCUGAAGCAGGAGCUAAAGCUGCGGUCACUGCCCGUCUCAGGCACCAAGACAGACCUGAUCGAGCGUCUGCGUGCAUACCAAGAACAAGUCAGCCCUGCCCCAGGAGCCCCCAAGGGCCCUGCUGCCCCUUCCAUCCUGCCCAAGGCUGGGGAGGUGGUGGUCGCCUUCCCAGCUGCCCGGCUGAGCACAGGGCCUGCCCUGGUGGCAGCAGGCCUGGCCCCAGCUGAGGUGGUGGUGGCCACGGUGACCAGUAACGGAGUGGUGAAAUUUGGCAGCACGGGCUCUACACCCCCCGUGUCUCCCACCCCCUCAGAGCGUUCACUGCUCAGCACGGGCGAUGAGAAUUCCACACCUGGGGACACCUUUGGCGAGAUGGUGACAUCGCCACUGACCCAGCUCACCCUGCAGGCCUCGCCAUUACAGAUCCUUGUGAAGGAGGAGGGCCCCCGGGCCGGAUCCUGCUGCCUGAGCCCUGGGGUACGGGCCGAGCUCGAGGGGCGUGACAAGGACCAGAUGCUGCAGGAAAAGGACAAGCAAAUCGAAGAGCUGACCCGCAUGCUGCGCCAGAAACAGCAGCUCGUGGAGUGGCUGAGGUUGCAGCUGGAGCAAGAGAAGCGGGCCCAGCAGCCGGCCCCGGCCCCGGCCCCCCUCGGCACCCCAGUCAAGCAGGAAAACAGCUUCUCCAGCUGCCAGCUGAGCCGGCAGCCCCCGGAUCCUGCUCACCCCUUCAGCCCCAGCCUGGCGGCCCCCACUGCCCACCACGCAGACACUCGUCCCCUGGUGCCCCCAGCCGUGGUAGUGAAGCAGGAAGCCACGCUGCCGGAGCCUGAGCCAGUCCCUGCUCCCCAGCUGCUUCUGGGCCCUCAGGGCCCCAGCCUCAUCAAAGGGGUCACGCCUCCCACCCUCAUCACUGACUCCACAGGGACCCACCUUGUCCUCACCGUGACCAAUAAGAAUGCAGACGGCUCCAGCCUGGCCAGCGGGAGCCCCGAGCAGCCCUUGUCCCAGCCUGGUUCUCCAGCCCCUGGCCCACCAGCCCAGAUGGACCUAGAGCACCCAUCACAGCCCCUCUUUGGGACCCCUACUUCUAUGCUGAAGAAGGAGCCGCCUGGCUAUGAGGAAGCCGUGAGCCAGCAGCCCAGACAGCAGGAGAAUGGUUCCUCCAGCCAGCAGAUGGAUGACCUGUUUGACAUUCUUAUUCAGAGUGGAGAAAUCUCAGCAGAUUUCAAGGAGCCACCACCUUCCCUGCCAGAGAAAGAGAAGCCCCCCUCGAUGGCAACUUGUGGGUCACCCCUGGCCAUGCCAUCCCCGCCCUCUGCUGAGCUCCCCCAGGCGCCGCCGCCUCCCUCGGGCUCUCCCGUCCUCCCUGGGCGCCUAGAGGACUUCCUGGAGAGCAGCACAGGACUGCCCCUGCUGACAGGCGGGCACGAGGGGCCAGAACCCCUGUCUCUCAUCGAUGACCUCCACAGCCAGAUGCUGAGCAGCUCUGCCAUCCUGGACCACCCCCCCUCACCCAUGGACACCUCGGAAUUGCACUUUGCCCCUGAGCCCAGCGGUGUGGGCCUGGACCUGGCUGAUGGCCACCUGGACAGCAUGGACUGGCUGGAGCUGUCAUCGGGCGGCCCCGUGCUCAGCCUGGCCCCGCUCGGCACCACCGCGCCCAGCCUCUUCUCCACAGACUUCCUCGACGGUCAUGACUUGCAACUCCACUGGGAUUCCUGCUUGUAGCUCUCGGGCUGCAGGGAUGGGACGGGAGGGGCUGGAAGCUGGGGAGCCUCGGGAACUCCUGGGCGCUCCGCGCGCUCGGCCUGAUCCC